GCGAGAGAGAGGAAAAGAGUGAGUAAGCAAAGAGGGGCGGUGGGGAAAACAAAAAAUAAGUCCGAAAUCGUUCGUGUAACCGUUUGAACGAGGUCAAGAACUUCGUCGGGGUGUUAAAAGAAAAAAAACGAUUCAGAGGCGGUCGAAAAAAAAAUGAGGAAAAAAGUCACCCCAAUAUAAUACACGGACGUACGCAUUAUAAAUUGUAUACGGUCGUCUUUGGCGGCGAAACAAUGGGGUAGAGGGCGCUACGGUCUGCGGUGGCGGUGGUGGACUCGCGUAUAGUCGUCGGCCGCCGCGGUGCCGCGCUGCCCCGCCGCAGAGGGGUUGUUUGGCCGCCACCGCCGUAGCGUCAGUCCGAACGCAGUCGUCCCGUCGUUGCGACCUCUGCCGCUCGUCGUCGCCGCCGCCGCCGCCGUCGCCUUCGUCGUCAGCACCGUACAAUCAUCACACCGUGGGGACAGUCUUAGCCGAAAUCGCCACGAAUCUCGAUCCUUCUCGACCAACACCCGAAACCAUCGAACGUGUCUGUAUACCGCCCGUGAACAGGUACGCGAGAGAUUAAUCGACGAAAAACAUGUCGGCGAAACGGAGGUGAAUCGAUAUAACACGAAAAGCCGAAAUAUCAAAAGUAAAACACGUCCCGUCGAGUGCCCGCCGAGGAGUCACAUCCACAGUCGUCGUUCCACCCGUGUCGUCGUACAACCCGAAGAUUUACGCUUACCCGCCCGCCGCCGCUAUGUUGGCCAUGUCCACGUUGAUGAUGCCCGCGGCAACAGUGACCACCAUGACCAACCCGGCGCCCAUUGCGAUCGCUCAACCUUCCAAGUUCGAACCCAAGUACAUACUCAGCCACAACCCACCGCCGCAGAUGACGGCCACCGCAGUGGUGCCCCAGAUGACCAUCAACAAAUCAGAACACCAUCACAUAUUUGUCGGUGACCUGAGUCCUGAAAUCGAGACGCAAACACUGCGAGAAGCAUUCGCACCUUUUGGCGAAAUAUCAGAUUGCCGAGUAGUACGAGAUCCGCAAACGUUAAAAUCAAAAGGCUACGGCUUCGUGUCGUUUCUGAAAAAAGCUGAAGCCGAGAGUGCGAUCGCCGCGAUGAACGGUCAGUGGCUGGGCAGCAGGAGCAUAAGGACAAAUUGGGCGACCAGAAAACCACCGACGUUAAAAACCGACUCCAACACCAAACCGCUGACGUUCGACGAAGUGUACAACCAGUCGAGCCCUACCAACUGCACUGUUUACUGCGGUGGACUGACCAGCGGACUCACCGACGAGCUGGUGCAGAAGACGUUCGCUCCAUUCGGCAACAUCCAAGAAAUACGAGUGUUCAAAGACAAGGGUUACGCAUUCGUCCGAUUCGCCACCAAGGAGUCGGCCACUCAUGCUAUAGUGGCUGUCCACAAUUCGGACAUCAACGGCCAGCCGGUCAAGUGUUCGUGGGGCAAAGAGUCCGGUGAACCGAUCGUGUCGCAAAACGCGUCGCAAGUGUGCUCGUCGCAGGCGGCACUCAGCAGCACACAGUUCCCGUACACCGCCGCGGCGUACGGCCAGCAACUCGGUUACUGGUACCCGCAGAGCUAUCCGGCCACACAACUCCAGGGCCAAUUCUUGCAGGGCGUCCAAGGUUACACGUACGGACAGUUCGGCUACCAACAAGGUUAUCUCGGUCGGAUGGGAAUGCAAGCACUGCCGACGGGAGCGACGACCGCGUGGACUCAACCAGGGGCCCUGCAGCCCGGCCAACAGAUCGCGUCUGCCGUAGCGGCCCAACAGUCGGCCCCGGCACCGGCCCCGCCACCCGCCGCCGCCGCCAUGAUACCGGCUUAUCCGACGCUCCACCAGUUUCAGGUAAAACAACACCCCGCACCGGUGCAGGCGUCCGCGUGGCCCAUGUAUGAUCACCUCCACCACCACCAUCACCACCUCCACCACCAGCACCACGGUGGUUACGAGGCCAACGAGCUAUCCAUACUGAAAAUGGCCACCUCGUGAUCAGCCUCCACAGCCGCAGCCUCCACCGCCGCCGCCGCCAUCGCUGCAGCAUCCACAGCCUCCACAGCCGACCGAUUCGAUGGCGCUUAUCGUCCCACGAAAUUGUAUUACGCGCCCUAUCCCCUUGGCCAAAACCCCUAACGAAUAGUGUCCAAUUUUUCACCUCGUGCAUAUUUUUUGUAUCGAUUUUUUUCGAAAAUCCAAUACGUCUAAAUGGACACGAAGACGCGCAAUUUUUUUACCUCCCGCUACCUCCCCCCCCCCCACACUACACGCCACUACCUAUCCCUCGUAAGAUCCUCCCCGACACACCUAUCACGCGCUUUCGUUAUUAUAAUUAGUUUUUUUUUUUUUAUUAUUAUUAUUAUUAUUAUUAUUAUUAUUAUUUACGCUAUUAUUAUAUUAAAUACAAUACCGGUCGAUUGCAAACUCAAUGUACGCGUCCGGUAUUCAAUAAGAUUAUUAUUAUUAUUAUUACCUAUUAUUAUUAAUUAUAAUUGUCUAUUAUGGUUUUUUUGUUUUCGAAUCUGUCGAAUUCGAUAUGCACAUAGUUUGAUGAAACGUAUAUAUCUAGCUAAUUUUGUAGACGAGAAUGCUCUUAACGUUAUUAUUUAUUACAAUUAUUUUAGUAGAAUUUUUUUUUUUUAUAAUUUUGUAUAUUUUAGUUGUUUUUAUACUGCUACGAGGCGAACAUUCGGCAAACCCCGCGUAUCCCGUUCUGACAAACUGUCGUGUGAACGCAUUUGAGUGUGAUUAGGUUUGCACAGGAAAUAGAUUCGUGUCACCCCAACCCCAUCCAACCACACCAAAGAAAAAAAACAAAAGAAAAUCGCACCUCCGUCGUGUAUAUUGUGCUUGUGAUAUAAUUUGUCGACGAACUUGAUUUCUGCUUGACCCUCUCACACCUGAUACGUACCUGUUAUAACAUUAUUUUAUCAUAUUGCCGACAACGACAACGACGACGACGACGACGACGACGACGAUUGCAAUAGUAUUGUGCUUUCGUUAGCUGUAAUGCGCAUCACGGUGGCUGCUGCUAUUCUGUAACCAUUCCAAAUUAUCUAUUCGAGGCGUUUUACUUGCACCUACACGCGUGACGUUCGACAAACGAAAUAUUCAUCACUCGGAUCGUGGAAUCAUUGAUAACUGUAUUAUUUAUUAUUUUUUUCAAAUCUGAAAACGCGCAAUUGCGCUGAACCUAACCAGUCGCCGAUGCAUUGCAGUCGUUCGGUCGCCGUGUCCUCGUUUAUAUUAUUAUACGUCGUGUGAUAAUAAUAAUGUGGAUAUCGCUAGACUCCCGACAGUAAAAUAUAGACCCAAAAGUCACGGGUUAUGUACAAGUUCCUCGCACAAAAAAACACAUACACAGUCCACACACACACACGGAAAAUAAAAAUAACUAACACACAUAUUGAUUCACAUAUUCACGUACGAUGUAAUACUAUAUAAGGGCACUGAUGUGGUUUGCAGAUAGCCGACGAAGAGUGGCUUACGCCAAGCCUGCUGGUCUGAGGACGACUGAAUUCUGGAGCCCAAAAACGCGAUACGAUAAUUCUUCCAAACUCCGCCUUCUGCUACACACAUAGUCAAGCCAAUCAAAUUUACAAUACCCCGAAAGCCCUGCCGGUGUACCGAACGAAUUGUAAAUAAAUCAUUUGGGGCGCCAAAAAAAAAAAAAAAAAUCAAUAUUAUAUAUUAUUAUAUUAUAUUAUACGGGCCGGUAUAUUAAUGUAUUAUUAUUCGUUUGUACGGUGUCGAAUCCCCCGAUGGGUUGCAUUCGGUUUUUAAAAACAAUAGAUCGCUAACCAAAUAAAAAACGUAACAUAUCAUCGACACGAGUGAUGAAGAAUUGUGAUAAAAAAAAAAAAUAAAAUCGAUAAUUAAACCAUAAAAACGAAAAAAAAAAUUAUUUAGUCAUAAAAUAUUUAGUAGUCAAGUUAACGAUGGAUGAUAUACAUAAAUAAUUGUGCUUAUAUGCUCAAAAAACGAAAAUAAUAAUAAUAUUAAAAGUAACUAAUAAUGACUUAAUUAUAAUAUUAUGUUAUAAUAUACCUACUGAUAAUGACCGCGCAUUAUUAAAAAGUGUAGGACAUCGAUUGCCAAACAAUUUUUUUUUAUACAUUGAAACAAAAAAAAAAAAAAUGAUAUAUUUUUGUUCAGCACAUUUCUGUUGAUGUUUUUAUUUAUUAUUAUUUUUCUUUUCACUUCACCUGUUUGAACAACGAUAAUAUUAAUGAAGCAUUUUUGUAUGAAUUUUAAUAAUAUGAUGGCUCCAGAGAACAAAAGUGUGUUAAUAUGCAUAAUAUAAAUAAAUAUAAUAUAACGGAAUGUUAUUUUAUUAUAUUAUAUUAUUAUUAUUGCGCACUCACACACGCGCGACAGAAACACACAGGCGCACGUGUGCAUGUGCGUGUGUAUGUAAAUAGUAUAUAAUAUUAUGUUAUCGACAGCGAUCAAUUCGCUCAUUUUGUAAUAAUACGAGUCUAUAGGCAUAACGCGUACUACCUACAUAAUAAUAUAUAGUUAUUAUUACUAUUAUUUUUUUUUUCGCAAUGUGUAAUAAUUUCGCUACGUUUUGCUGUUUUAUCUGACUUUUGUAAAUAUUUAUACGGAAAGGAAAAUAAUAAUUUUUAUAUAGCGAGCUGUUUUCAUUUUUAUAUAGAAUGUUAUAGGUAAUACGAUUACAAUAUUAUAUUUUGUUGUGUUAUGUUUGUCAGUUUUUUGGUAUAUAACUAUAUAAUAAUAUCAUAAUAUCAUUAUCGAAACGUGUCCCUUUGAAUGCAAAACAAAAAUAACAAUACCAAUUAAAUGAAAAUUAUCACGUCCACUAUAGCUCUAUGUUAUUAUAAUAUAACAUAUAUAUUAUAUUAACAAUACAAAUUUUUUUCAUCCAAAACUAAGAUCUUCGCUUCGAGUGCUCCCCACCGAAAUUAUUUCCUGUGCUCAAUACACUCACAUCACACACCACCAUUUGUCUGCCGAUUUAAAUCACCAAUUUUUUUGUUCGUUUCUUUGUAUAUAUAUAUUACGUUAUAUAUAUAUAUAACGACCCGCAAAAUAAUCGUGUUGGUGGUUUUUUUUUACGACUCCCUAGUAUAAAAAUAAUAUUUAAUAUUAUUUUACUACUUAUUAUAUAAGGAUAAUAUAAUCUAUGUAAAUUAAAGUGUGCUAAAUUGUAGUAAAUGUUUUUUUGUUGAUAAAAACACAACUAAUUAAUUAGAUGGGAAACGUGCGUAGGCCGAAUCGUAGCCAUCGAGUAGUUUUAUAAAAUAAACAAAUUGAAUAUAAAAUUAAUAACUAUAUAUAAAUAUAUAUAUAUAUAGUCUAUAUAAUAUAUGUAUAUCAAAUUAUUAAUAACGAAAAGAGCGAAAGGAAAAAAAACGUUCGAUUAAAACGAAAAGCGUGUACAUAUAAAUAAAACAAUUAUACUAUAUAAAUAUUGAUGAAUAAUAAUCGCCUAGGAUAAACCAAAGUGUAACGUGUAAGCAUAGCGUGUAAGUUACACUGGUCGUGUACCAGACGAGCUAAGUCAUAAUUAUUAUUAUUAUUGAAUAAUAAAAAAAAAAACAAUUAUGUACAUUGUAAUAUUUAGGUUAAAUUUGCACCAUAUAAUAUAAUUAUUACAACGUUAAUACAUAAUGAUGAUUAUAGAGUUAUUGAAAAAAAAUUUAAAAAAACGUAAAAAGCGAAAAAAAAAAUUAUAAACAAAAAUCAUUAGUCGUUAGUGUUUUUUUAGGAUUAAAAUUAAAAUAUAUUAUUGUAAUACAUUAUAAUACAUGUUGUGCGAGUAAUUUUUAAGUACCAUAUUAUAACAAGUAAAUAAAAAUGUUAUAACUGUUAUUUAACUAGUAUAACUAUAUUGAUGACCAUAAUGUAACGAUAUGUAUGUUAAGACGAAUGAGCCACUGUUUUGGAGAGUUUCCUGCCAAAAAGCACAUAAUAUACCUAUAACGAUGUAAUAUAUUAUACAUUACACAAUAAUAAUUGAAAACAAAAUGAACCGUACAUCCGAAAUUUUUAUACUACAUUAUGUAGCAAGCAGCGUACAGAAGACUACAAACCGAGUUAGAUAGUAAUAUAUUAUGUUCGUAAACUAUACGUAGAUUUCCGUUUUUACACUAGCGUUUAAAUCAAUUUAAAUAAUAAUAAUAAUAAAUAUAAAUUUUGGAGUACAAUCAGGGUGUUCAUGUUGUAUCUGAUGAAUUCAUUUUUGUAUAACUUAUAAUUCUAUAUUAUAAUAAUAAUAUAUUGAUAGUAAUAUAUUAUAACUAUCUAAGUACGGGUGCGCCAAGAACAUUAUGAUAAUAUAAUAAUGGAAUAAAAAAAAAAUUUGAAAAAAACUACCUACACAAAUCGCGAGAUCUCAUAUGUGAUAAAAUAAUGUUGUAUUCACGAUUUUGUUUCAAAAACAAUGUAAUAUUUAAAAAAAAACAUGCUGUCGAAACGUAGGUACAUUCCGAAAAAAUUGUUGCGAAAAUUUUAACGAUUAUUAUUAUUAUUAUUAUUAUUAUUAUUAUUAUUAUUACCUAUAUGAUUAUUACUAUUGUUAUAUUGUAACUAUAACCGUGUAUAACCGAUCGUGUCAUGUAUAUAACAUAACUAUAUAUGAAAGAUUUAAAUCAACUAUACACAAAUACACACACAAACACACAUACAGACACAAACAUACACAAACAUAUUAUACACACAUACCCAGCCAUUACACAGCACUUAUAAUAUUAUGAUGUCUACGUCGAGUAAUAUAUUGUCACGAUAAUCGUAUGUUACGAUGACAGAGAUAUUAUAUAUAUUAUUAUUAUUAUUAUUUACGUAUAUUGUAGUGUAUAUUAUUAUUAUUAUUAUUAUUAUUAUCAUUAUUAUUGUUAAAAUAUGCAACUAUCUAAACGUGUAGGUUUAUAUAUACGAAUAAUAAUUAUUACCUAUAUUAAAAUAAUUAUAUAUAUACGUGUGUAUGUAUGUAUAUAUUUUAGUAACUUUACGUACCGUGAGUAUUGCAUUAUUAUUGUGUAACGCGUACAUUAUAUUAUAUAAUAUUUGUAUUAAUCGGAAAAACGCGUUUUUAAAUUUAACGAUAAAAAAAAAAUAAAAUAAUAAGACACACGCAUACGAUAUAAUAUAUUAUUAUGAACUACGCGGCACCUUAUAUUAAUAAUAAUAAUAAUAAUGAUAAAGGCGUGUGUGACAACGCAAAACGAUCAUAAACGUAAGGUGAAAAAUAAAUUGUAAUCUAAAUAUUAUGUUAGUACCUAUAUAUAUAUUAAUAUUAUUAUCGAUGGGGUGAGCGGAGUAUUUAGUAAUACGUAUUGUGUAUUUAUUUAUCCGACGGAAUUAUGUAUAAAAAAAAAAAAAUACA